UAUUGUACAAAAGCGUGGACAGCUCACGGUUGUUCUGAGCGAUUUAUAGUGACUCAUUUUUAAUUUCUUAUUCCCUGAUGAAAUGCCAUUUUUCUUGUCAUCCUCUCAGUUCUAUGGAUGAGGAAACUGAGGCUUACGCCUGUUAGUUUUGCAGGAGAGGAGCUCCUAUGGAUCAAGUUCACCUGAGUACCCUUACCUGCCCCAGAAUGUGUGGUCUCAGUGCUGAACUUGUUUUUGAAAGAGGUGACAGACGCAUCAGUACUGCCCCUGAGAACACAGGCUCUGGAGUCAGGCUGCUAAGAAUUGGGAACCAUGCUGAAAACUGAGCUUUGUAGCACUAGGAAAUGAAGCCUUAAUUCAGAAGAAGACAGUAGACUCGCUAACGAAUACACUUGGCUAUUCACCAUGAGGUUAGGAAAACCUAAAGGGGGUAUUUCUCGAAGCUCAAACCAAGGAAAAGCCUAUGAAAACAAGCGUAAAACAGUUCGGCAGCGGCAGAAAUGGGGAAUGACUGUUCGUUUUGAUUCAGGCUUGAGUAGACUGAGAAGAAGCUUGGAUGAAAAACCCUAUAAAUGCACAGAAUGUGAGAAGUGUUUCAGUCAGAGUUCAACUCUUUUUCAACAUCAGAAGAUCCAUACUGGAAAGAAAUCCCAUAAAUGUGCUGAUUGUGGGAAAAGUUUCUUUCAAAGUUCUAAUCUCAUUCAGCAUCGACGGAUCCAUACUGGGGAAAAGCCCUAUAAAUGUGAUGAGUGUGGAGAAAGGUUUAAGCAAAGUUCAAACCUCAUUCAGCACCAGAGAAUUCAUACUGGAGAAAAACCCUAUCAGUGUGAUGAAUGUGGCAGAUGUUUCAGCCAGAGUUCCCACCUUAUUCAGCAUCAGAGAACCCAUACCGGGGAGAAACCCUACCAGUGCAGUGAAUGUGGCAAGUGCUUCAGCCAGAGCUCUCAUCUGAGGCAGCACAUGAAGGUGCACAAAGAAGAGAAGCCACGUAAAGCCCGGGGUAAAAACAUCAGGGCAAAAACUCACUUAGUAUCCUCUUGGAAAGCUGGUACAGGAAGGAAGUCAGUCGCUGGUCUCCGCCAAGUUAAGGGCAGUGCUUCAGCCCUCUUUAAAAAAAAGUAAAGUGUAAAGACAUAGGCUAUCUCUUAGAAUUUGGGAUACUAUAGUAGAGCACUUAGAUACUGGAUUCUUCUUUAGCAUGGAGACAUUGAAAGUUUAAUGACAUUAUAGGGCUGAAAUAAAGACCAGUUGACCUUAUUUUUAUGUAACAUGGAGCACAAAAAAUGAAAAUAUAAGAUCCUUGAUCUCACUUGAAAUUGCUUCCUGCAUUGUUUUGACAAAGAGCAUCAUGUUUUCAUGACAUUUGUGAAAAUGCAGGCAUGCCAAUGAUUACUCAGUUUUAAGACUUCUGUGGAAGGAAUGAAAAGAAAGGGAGAAGGAAUUAGUUUCAUUAGCUUUGAAGUUAUCUGACAUUAGGAGAGUUUAUGUUUGUAAAAGUUUGUAGUAUAUUAACCAUUGGUUUAUAAGUGUGACUCAACUAAAUAAAAUGUAUUCAAGUUCACAGACUUUUUAAUCAACAAGGCCCAUCUAUGUUAGUUUUGUUUUUAUUCUCUGCUACUUAUGUCCCUGUUUUUCACCAGAUUCUAAGAAAUCCAAAGUGAGAACUGAAUUAAACCACAAGUCUCCUAUUUCUACUAAUACUAUUCUUUGUGUUGGUAUUACUGCUGUAUCGCUGGUUUUCUAGAAGUUGGGAUGGAUUUAUAUUGAUUGAUGUCCGUGGCCUCUUUUGGUACAUGUUUGACAAAUUAAGCCACCCUUCUAGACUAUAUGAAUAAACAUCAUAUUCUAUCAACAAAAUUUCAGCUUCUGGCAAAAAAACCCAAAUCAAAACAGGAAUUUAUAGGCCUUCCUGCCAGCAAGACUUCUGAGCUUUUAAUUAUCUUGGUUUUCUUAGACAAAUAUUUGUUGACAGCAAAAUUCAUUUAAUGUGUAAGUACAUUGGAGCUCCUUUAAAAUUUUGACUUUUUAUACUAUAGGAAUUAUUUAAUAAGGUUAACAUUGUUUCUUAAUGUCCAUCAGAAAGGUGCCAGGUGUUACACAUCUCUGAUCAGCCUUUAGCUCAGGUUUUAUUUCUAUUAAACUCUUAACAUUCUUCUGAUUUUUUUGAUAUCUUUUAUAAUCCUAUCAGUUCCUGCUGUAUUAAUGACCAAUUAUCCACAAAAAUAAAGAAUGAAAUAUUUUGCAUAAUA